GAAUGGGGACCCCCACUCGGGGCACAAAACAAGCAGCCCGCUCGACGUCUGAAUCAGAACCAGCCCUGAAGAGACCGAAACUAGAACCAGGCUCAUCUCCAACCAGUUCAAGUCCAGCUCUGACUGUCCUGACCCCAACAUCAAAAUCUCGAAACAGUAUUGGGUCUGUGAGCUCAAUCCUUGACCCAUCAGCAACCCCGUCCAGGAUCAGUCUCAGAAUCGCAUCCAUGACCACUGUGGUCUCAGAAGAUGGGAGAAAACGGCUAAAAAAAUCCACAUAG